GAUCAAACCCUUGGUGAUGUAACAGUCUGCCGUUUGAAGUGAUUAUCAUGCUUCGCAACAUAAAGGCUUACACCCAGCUGUGGGGCUAAUUAGUUCACUUAGGGCCCUUUAUAAAAAUCUGCUAGGGGACUGGAAGGACAGCAAGUCACUAAGAAGUCAGCAGCCUAACAGGAUAGCAGCAGACCUGGAUCCUCAAAGCUGACCUGCUGAAUCAUCUGCUUUUCUAAGAAUGCCACAUUUAAGUGACUGCAGCUACUACAAAAUGCGGGAUGCAACCAGAGCUUCAAAAGUACAAAGCCACCUGGAGAAUUCAAAGUUCCACCUCCAAAGCCAAAACCAGCCAGUGAAGCAAUACCUGACCCUGGGCUCCAAGCUUGCCUCUUCGGCCGGACCCAAUCACACACUGCCGCAUCCACACGCACCCGGCCAGCCCUUGGCCACAGUGCCGAUCAUGAGGAAUGGACACAUGGCAACUGUCAGUGACGGGAGCAACCCCAACAGCCCUGUCACCCUGCUGACAAUGGCAAACCACGACAGUGAGUUUCCAAUGGAUGAAGUUAUUGAUGACCUCAUUAGUCUAGAAUCCGGCUUCAAUGAAGGAGGCUUGGAUUGCAUGGAGCCUAACAUCAUAAUGCAAAGCAAUGUUUCCCUUAGCAGCAGCAUGCUGGAUGUCUAUGGGGGUGAACAAGGUAUGAACCCCCCUAAUGGUGGAAUGAGUCCCACAUCUAAUCCCCCAAAGCUCACUGUUAAAAGGGAAUUCACAGAGCAUGACACCAGGGUUAUGGCCAAAGAGAGGCAGAAAAAGGACAACCAUAAUCUGAUUGAAAGAAGGCGAAGAUACAACAUAAACUAUAGGAUUAAGGAGCUGGGAACGCUCAUUCCAAAGUCGAAUGACCCUGAUAUGCGGUGGAACAAAGGCACCAUUCUGAAGGCCUCAGUGGAGUACAUAAGGUGGCUGCAAAAGGAGCAGCAACAUUCUCGGGAGCUCGAGAGCCGCCAGAAGAAGCUGGAGCAAGCCAAUAGAAGACUGCUACUGAGGAUCCAGGAGCUUGAAAUCCAGGCCCGAGCACAUGGACUCCCGAACAUGGCCACUUCCUUGGGGACAGUCGAGUUAUCCUCCCACCUCCUUAAACAGCAACAGCAGCAGCAGCAAUCCCCACCUCAGGCACAGCAGCAGCAGCAGCCACCACAGCCACCCCUUUACCAAGAAGACCCCAACAGCGAUUACCUCCAGAGGCUAGCCGUGGUAACAGGCGUGCCGUCCAUCACCACCGCCAGCGGCCCGCAGGACCACAUCCAGAGGACCGACGCCUGCACCACAUUCUCCGACCCGCUCUCCCAUUUCACAGACUUCUUCACUGCCACACUCAAGGAGGAGAACCAGUUGGAUGAAAUCCUGAUGGAUGACCCACUCUCGCCUUUCGGCACCGAUCCACUUCUGUCAGCCGGAUCCCCAGGGGCUGCUUCCAAAGACAGCAGCAGAAGGAGCAGCUUCAGCUCCGCUGAGGGAGACGACCUAUAAGGGUCCUAGAUCUUUGCUAUAACCCAAUAACUGCACAGGUCAAACUCCUGCUGGUAAAGGGCUAAAA